UCUGUCAGAACCCUGCUACUAGAGCCUGGAUGUGGCUCUGAGUUUCAGGGUCACUGACAUUGAUAAGACACCUGCGUCCCAGGACUCGGAGGAGAAACGGCUGAUGGACUUGGCGGGGAAUUUGCGCGGGGUUUUACUGAGCGGGAAGAGACUGUUCAAAUGAGGGGGAGGGUAUAUAAAGGAGGGUUGGCCGGAGCCUCCCAUUCUUGGCUUUUCUGAUGUUCAUGUUUCCUACAGUAAAAGUUCCUGGUGAUACCACAGAGAGUCUCGUGUGUUCAUUCAGGAGCGGCUGUGGUGAGCUGACACUAAGCCAAGAAAACGGACACCAUCCCGCUGUAGCGGUGAGGUGUAACAUGCAAGUGGAGGAUGAAGAGCUCUUGGGCGCCGGAGGAGGAAGGUCGGAAAGGGCCACUCCCGAGACGGACGCUGAGUUCCACCAGCUGGCGGCCCUGGCGUCAUCCACCGCUUAUGCCCAGCCAAAUGGGGUAACCCAGAGGCGCGGAGUGGUGCGGGGAGAUAGCACCGGAGGAGAGGAAGGUUCACCUUCCCCAGGCCCGCAAAAGAUGGUGUUUCUGGAGGAGAGGAUGUCGGCGAUGGAGACCACCCUGGCAGUGAUGUCGAGGGCGAUGGAGCGCCUGGCGGUUUUGGCGGAGCCGGAGCGAGGAAGGGAACUCCGGGCUAGCUCAAUGUGGGACGUGAGCAUGGGAAGCAGCCAGGGCUUUGCAGACCUCCCAGCACCGAAGGGAAGGGAAAUGCGAAAGGAGCCCGGUGCCCGGCCCAAGAUCCAAACGAGCCUGACGCGGGUGGAGGAGAGUGACGACGAAGGGGAAAAGCCUCCGAGAAUCCCGGCUACGCUCCCAACUGAGACCCUGGUGCCCCUGGCGAAUGCCGGGCGUGGCACAGGACAAAGGGAAGCAGCAGCGGGGCCCACUGGCCCGCAAGGGGGCUUGCGACGGGCGGAGAAUUGGGGAUUGCCACCACAGGGACCCCUACCGAGACGAGAGGAACUAAGGAUCGAGUUUGGGGGAGAGUCCUCUGAACUGGAUUUUUUCCUGACCACGGUGAGGGGCUAUAUGGAGGACAAUGCCCACACUUUUAGAACGGAAUCCAGCCGGGUACGGGCCAUUGGUGCAGUGUUGAAGAGGGGAGCGGCCAGCUGGUACGUUCAACUACACGCGCGGCGCGACCCAUGUCUGGGGUCACUCCGACGCUUUAUGGGGGCCCUGGAGACCCGUUUCCGAGAUCCACUGGAGCAGAUCCGGGCGAGGGAGGAGUUGAAGACCGUCUCCCAGGGGCAGAGGUCGGUAUCUGAGUAUGCGGAGGAGUUCCAAUGCCUCGCUGAAAAGGUGCCGGAAUGGUCUGCAGUGACAAAGAUAGAACUCUUCAAAGAGGGGCUCAGGCGGGAGAUCCUCUCCUGGGCGGUGCAUCGUGAUGAGCCUGACACACUGCGCGGAUGGAUUCAGCUGGCGGGGCGCAUCGAGACAUCGCUGGCCCAGGCGAGGAGGCACCGAGGAGGGCUACAGCAGCGGCCGCAGAUGAAAGAGGGGAGCCGGAAGGAGGGAUCAACCCCAGCCGGGAGGAGAACGGAGCCGACAGGGAACGUGAGCACCAGCAGGAGGGGCUGCUUCGUGUGCGGCCGUUUGGGCCACAGGGCUGCCGAGUGCUGGCAGAGAAAAGGGGAAGGCGGAGGCCCGCCCAAACCAAGAGCCGUGGCAGGGAAACGCGCCGAGGAAGAACCACCGAUGAGGCACCACUCGGGGGGGUUGGACGAAGGGGAGGAGGACGCCAUGUCAGAACCCUGCUACUAGAGCCUGGAUGUGGCUCUGAGUUUCAGGGUCACUGACAUUGAUAAGACACCUGCGUCCCAGGACUCGGAGGAGAAACGGCUGAUGGACUUGGCGGGGAAUUUGCGCGGGGUUUUACUGAGCGGGAAGAGACUGUUCAAAUGAGGGGGAGGGUAUAUAAAGGAGGGUUGGCCGGAGCCUCCCAUUCUUGGCUUUUCUGAUGUUCAUGUUUCCUACAGUAAAAGUUCCUGGUGAUACCACAGAGAGUCUCGUGUGUUCAUUCAGGAGCGGCUGUGGU